AUGGCUUUGGCAUUCUUGUUCCCGCACCCCACGUUGGUUGCACCAGAGUACGAUCCCAAAGACGGCUCGUACAGCUAUUUCGGAGGAGAUUUCAAGACCUGGAACAUACCCAACGACAAGCCUGGUAAAUUUACCAGUCGACAGCUUUUCAAGGCGGGUAGCCCUCAUACUGUGAGGUCAAGGUCAGCAGUCUAUACGACACCGCCGUAUCACUAUCAUUACUACCAAGUCGAGCGAUUCGAGGUCCUCUCCGGAACACUCUGCUACAAGAUCGAGGGUGUCGAGGGCAAGCUCCAGGCGGGAGAAGUCAGGACGAUCCCGACUUACCAGCGCCAUACUUUCUGGAGCGAUCCGUCUGACGGUAAUGACUUGGAGGUUCUGAUAACGGUCUCGGGGGGUGAUAACGAGGGAUUUUCCGAUGACUUCGUUCACAACUUUUACGGCUACCUGUCGUCCAUGACUAUCCAAGGGAAGAAGCCAAACCCGUUCCAGAUGCUCAGCUUCUUGCACUCGGCUGAUGUAGCCCUAGCGGACGUGCCGUUUUGCUUCUACCUCGCUCCGGCCGUCAACUUCAUCUUCGGCAAGGUGAUCGGACAGUAUAUAGCUGGGUACCAGACUAGCUACAAGGUCUUUUCGCAAGUAGCUCAAUGAAUGGGGCGUGUAGCUAUUCGUCCGAACUCAUUGAGCAGUCCGAAGUUCAGCUGUACCAUGCGAGUAUCGCGUGGCCAAGGAAAGAAUAGAUAAUACAGCGAAGAUGUUUCAAGCUUGACUCGACAUAGUCUUACCUCAGCCUUCGGUACAGGUAGAUCUGGUGAUCUGGUAGAGCUACGGCACAAUGUCCGAACCGGCCGACAAGAUCGGAC